GACUGUCCCUGUUAGUCAUUUAUAGAGUCCAGUCAGAAAUCCUACCAUGCUGGCCUGGAAGAGAUGGACUUCCUGCAUGCUUGGGAGGAUUCCAGGAAACAAAUCAAUGUCUGGGUGGAGAAAAGGACUGAAGGUAAAAUUCAGAACCUGUUGGCAGAGGGGAUUCUUGAUUCCCUGACCAAGCUUGUGUUGGUGAAUGCCAUCUAUUUCAAAGGCAACUGGAAAGAGCAGUUCAACAAACAGAGUACCAGAGAGUGGCCAUUCCACAUUAAUAAGAAGGAGACCAAACCUGUGCAGAUGAUGUUCAAGGAGGCAACUUUUAACAUGACCUACAUUGGAGACUUGCAGACCAAAAUCCUGGAGCUGCCCUAUGUGGGAAAUGAGCUGAGCAUGAUCAUCCUGCUCCCUGAUGCAAUCCAGGAUGGCUCCACAGGCUUGGAAAGAGUAAGUAGUUGAGCUGAGUGCAAAGAGAGGCUGAAUCCUUCCAGGGAAGAAAGUCUGAAUUGCACAGAGACCUGCAGGUGAGUUCC